GUUCAAACUCUACUAAAAGCUCCACAGUUUUGCUCUCAUGGAGAGGAACUCUACUACGAGCAAGGAGGCGAACUGUUGUUUCUUCAGCACACCACAGCUGGAUCACGUUAUGGUACCUGUCCUUGUGGUGGAGUUCAUGCUGGGCCUCAUGUCGAACUUGAUAGCCUUGUGGAUGUUCGCCUCCCAGAAGAUCUGGAAGUCCCACUCUGUUUACCUGGCUCACCUGACCACCGCUGAUGCAGUGUUGAUGCUCUGCCUGCCCUUCCGAGCCGACUACUACAUCAAGAGCCGAAACUGGAUUUAUGGCUCUGUCUUCUGUCAGAUUGACCUCUUCAUGCUUUCAACCUGUCGAGCUGCGGGGAUUUUCUUCCUAACCACAGUGGCCAUUGACCGCUACUUCAAGAUACUUCAUCCUCAACAUCGCAUCAACCGCAUGGGCCUACGCUGCAUCAAUGGGAUAUGCUGCGGCCUGUGGCUACUUAUUUUCACCAUGAACAUCUACCUGUUCACAGGUAAUCACCUGAUCAACCUUCAAUGUGAGACCUUCACUAUCUGCAUGGACUUCUCCCUGCUACACGAGUGGUCUGAUAUCUUCUUCAUACUGCAGUUUGCUAUACCUGCUGGGAUCGUUUCUUUUUGUACCUAUAGCAUCACAGCUCACCUGAGGAACAACACUGUCAACUCUAUGGGCAGAAUCAGCAGAGCAGUGUAUUUUGUGAUGGCUGUUGCCUUGGUGUUCAUCUUCUGCUAUCUCCCAAGUACAGUGUCCUGUUUAGCUGUGUUGAUCCUAAAGGCUUUGUACGAUGACUGCUCACACUUUCAUGGGGCCAGUGUGGUGUUUUAUUAUUUGAUUUGUCUGACCUAUUUCAACAGCGCCUUAAACCCAGUGCUGUACUACUUCUCCAGCCCUGCCUUCAACAGAACUGUCCGCAACUUCUUCUGUAAGCUCUUUGGAAAGGAAACACAAGAUGCACAGAGCAACAAUGGAAAUGACAGUGUGGCACCAAAUGGUAAUGCCAAGUAA